CGCGUCGCGCUUCACGCUGUGAAACGAAACUUGGUGUCGUCAUCUCAUUUUAAAAGCGAACACGCGAGAAGGUUCGUUUUCACGCCUUCGGUGUAGUUAGCCACAGUCGGCUUGUUGCUUUGUGCACGCGGCGGAGAAAGCGACGAUUACCUGCUUGGAGUGCCACGAUGUCCGGGCACAGUCACGGACACGGUCACGGCGGCUGCGGGUGCGAGGGCGAGCACGAGCCUGCGGAGAGAGGCCUGGAGUUCGGACUGUACCGGAAAAUCGACCUGGAUAAGGUGCAGUGCCUGAACGAGAGCAGAGAGGGUGACGGCAAGCUGGUGUUCAAACCGUGGGAGCAGCGGACCGACCGGGACAAGUUUGUCGAGAGUGAUGCUGAUGAAGAGCUUCUGUUCAACAUUCCUUUUACAGGCAGCGUGAAGCUGAAAGGAAUCAUCAUCUCUGGAGAAGAUGACUGCUCGCACCCGGCUGAAAUCCGACUGUACAAGAACAUAACCCAGAUGUCGUUUGAUGACACGGGCAGGGAGCCUGAACAAGCGUUCCGCCUGAACAGAGACCCUGCCGCUGAGCUGGAAUAUCCAACCAAAGUUACUCGCUUUUCCAAUGUGAAUCAUCUCUCCAUCCACAUCUCAAAAAACUUCGGAGCAGAGAACACUCGGAUUUACUACAUCGGUCUGAGGGGAGAGUACUCGGAGGCGCACAGACAUGAAGUGACCAUCUGUAAUUACGAGGCGGCUGCAAACCCUGCAGACCACAAAGUGGAGGCCAUCGUGCCACAAACCAGCUACAUCUCCUGAGAGCUGCAGGGAGGCGGUGUGUCGAGUGUUUGACGGUGAGGACCAGACAUGUUGGUGACGCGUUCUCACUGCGUGCUGGACCGCGGCACAAACGCGGACCAGACUGAACGCUGAAGACGAAUCGGCUGCAGAGCCGUCUGCUCAUUCAGAGCUGCUGAUUCCAUGAAAGUAAAGAAUUAAGGGUUUGAUAAAACACUUUCUAUAAACAUUAACGUUCAUCACCUUGUGUUCUUGACUGUUUGAAGAGAAAAUCAAUAAAGUGACAGUUAUAAACUGAUGUCU